GUGUGUCUGUAAGAUGUUCCAGAGCUAGAAAGGCAUAAUAAAUGGAUGUGAAUUUGAAAAUAUGACAUUGAAAAUCAAUGAAUAUUGUUUCCUCCAGCACAUGUGGCUCAUACAACCCCCAGAGCUGCCUGUUUUCUCAGAUCUGCAACAUAUGCUGUGUGUUGGCUUUGUGGAUUGUCACAAUCAGAUUUCAGCAGGUCCGUGAUUUGGGUUCUGGGUCUCAUUUAAACACGGCCGGUUUGGUGCUUGGCUUCAUCUCUAGCAUUGGGAUUUCCAUUCUAGGAAACUUCCAGCAAUCUGUAGUGAUGGGGGUUCAUCUGUUUGGGGCGCUCAUGGCCUUCGUCCUGGGUUUGGUUUAUUUCUGGAUCCAGGCGUGGCUUUCGUACUACAGCUCGCCGUCACAUGACCGCAAGUGGGUGGUGCCAGUGCGCAUCGUCCUCUGCAGCCUGUGUACUUGUUUGGUCAUCUGCAUGUUUGUUCUCUAUAAAACAGGGUUUCGCUCUGAAGCUGCCAUAUGUGAGUGGGCUCUGGUCAUGUGUUGUUUUGCGCUCUUUGCGAUUUUUGCAGCAGAAUUCAGACACAUUGACUGCCACAAGCUCACUGUACAGAACAAGGAAAGGAAAAGCAGCAGUGACGCUAAUGGUGUGUGGACAAUACAGGAGAUUCACUGAGGAGCAGCUGGCAAGUUGUGGCUGUGUGGUAAUCAGACAGAUACGUACAAGUUGAACAAACUCGCUAUUUAAUGUGGAGACAAUGAACUAUAAUCUGCACAACUCUGCUAAAUGCACUGAAACACACAUAAAACACCGUUCAAAUCCACAUUUUACAAUAUAAAUUAUAUGUUGCAGAAAUGCUAUGCUGAAUUCAUGAGCAUAUUGUUUACUUAACAUUUACAUGAUGUUAAAUUAUAGUUUAUAAUUAAAAGUGUGUUUCAUCAGUGUAGUUUUCCAGUAGACUAUCUCAGUGAACAAACAAUUAUGCUUCAUCCUGGAUCU